ACCUACCUACCUACCCACCUACCCACCUACCCACCUACCCACCUACCUACCUACUUACCUGCGUACCUGUCCACCUCCUUUGUGACUGUAAAUACAUCAGUUGACAUCUGGAAGGAGCUCCACUUGUCACAUCUAUUUCAUAGUAUUCGUAGACAGUUGAUACAAGAAGGUGUUCAAAGUGAUCUACGUCAUCCUACUGAAUGUUUUUGAUGGACAUGAAUUUCGAGGCAACCUAUCUAAUCUCUUCAAUGUACACUAAUGUUAGAGGAUAGUGAGAGAAGGUUUGUAGUAUGUCAGUGUUUAGGUAAUUUUAUUUUGAAAUUGAUUGAAAUGUUGACUAGUGGAUGACAAGUGGAGGAAUUCAAGCAUGAUACACGUUUUGUUGUAUCUUUAACUUCUCAACUGAAUGUGUUUGCUUGCCGAUCAGGUAGUUUCCAAUGGAGUUUGGGAUAUCCUGCCAAUCAGUGUUAUAUUAUCCGUGUCCGAUUUGAACGCAUUAGAUAAAUGUUCAUUUUGUAUGGAAAUGUAUUGCAUUGGUGAUGAAAUUAUUUGGUUGCCAUGUUUUCAUGCAUUUCAUCAUUACUGUUUUCUAGACUGGAUUUAUGAGGUAAAUAACUAUUAUUCCAAAAUAAGAAUCUUACUGAACUGAAUACUACUUAUAAGAAAGUAUAUCAAUAGUAUGUAAUGUUGACACAAAUAUAUCCUAUAUUUUUGCUAAAUCCCCCUCCAACAGCUAACGAAUUAACAGUGUAUGUUUUUUUGUGAUGUAAAUGGCGGGUAACUGUGUCAAUGAAUCAACUGUUCAAUGUCCAAGGUUUGCCGGGACUGGCUCCUCGAACACUGCACGCCAUAGUAUCUUCAUCUAAACCGAAAGUAAUGACAUGAGUUGAAGAGAAGUUCAAUAGGACAACGAAAAUUUUUAUCCUUUCCAACGUUUUCUGAUGUUCCACUAUAGACUACUGAUAUGCAUUUAUAUAAUUAGUGUUUAUCACACUAUGAUUCACAUGUGUUAGUAUCAGUCUUCUUUAAUGAUUUAUGAGUUUUAAAGCAGUUCAUAUGUUUUUCAUUGAAGUAGUUGACUACACUUCUAGCUGACCAGUGGACGUUCAAAUGUCAAGCAAGAUAUCAUGGUCUGAAUGAAACCAGUGUCAAGAUUGUCCUGUCUGUCGAUGGCCAAUCUUCGUAUUCGAGUAAUGUAUAGAUGAAUGUGGAUGUCAUAGUGAAAUGAAAGUGUGCAAUGUAUCACUAGAAAACUAUUUCUUCAAGACAACAAACAAUUCAGUACUUCAGAAAAGUCCUUCUUUUGCCUUUUAAUGAUUAAUUGAAUACACUUUUGAUUUUUUUUUUUAAUUCUAUACGGUGACAGAUUUUUGUAUUGGCAUAUAAAU